UAGAAUAGAGAAAACAUCCAGCAGUUACCUUUAGACUCAAGGAGACUUAUUAAAUACUUUCGUUACUCUUCCUACUAGCGUCCCGAAAUAACUAUCGCGAGAAUGGCGACGAAAUCUGUUGCUCUCAUCACUAUGAGCCUGCGUCCCGCUCGGAUCGGAGCAAAUGUCGCUGCCUUCGUCCAGCCGAUCUUUCAAAAGGCGUUCUCGGCGGGCAACGUGGAUUUAGCUCCAGUCGAUCUGCGAGACUUCAACUUGCCCAUUUUCAAUGAGAAUGUGGUUCCCGCAAUGGUUCCCGCUUUCGCACAAUUCGAGCACGAGCACUCCAGGGCUUGGAGCGCUGAGAUCGCGAAACAUGAUGGAUACGUGAUCGUCAUUCCUGAGUACAACUAUGGCUUGGCCGGUGGCACCAAGAACGCAAUCGACUACCUCCUCAACGAGUGGAAAGGCAAACCACUGGUAGUCGUGAGCUACGGCGCUCAUGGUGGUUCCAAGGCCAGCGAACAGGCCAAGGAUAUUCUAGGCGGUCUCGGUUUGCGCAUCGCCGAGACACGCCCUCAGCUGGCCUUCGCGGAUCCUCAUGGAGAGAUGGCCGGCAUCUUGGCCGAGGGCAAAGUGGCGGAUGCAUCCCGAGCGAAAUGGGAGGGCCAGACUGAUCAGAUUAUCAAGGCGGCCGAAGAAUUGAAAGAGCUCCUGCUUCAGCCCAACGACCCAGCCAAUGCGCCGACGGCGUAGGUGAUGGCAGGUUGUGUGAAACCAGUGGUUUCAGUAUACAGUGCAAGAGCUGUCUAUAUCAUGUUAUAAGGUCUAAUUUAUUUUAUACUGGUAAAAGUAGUUAGAAAUUGAGAAUAUAUUCUUUCAGCUUAAUUAUA